AUGGAGGUAUAUGUCGAUGACAUGUUGGUCAAAAGCACGCUACCAGAAGGUCAUAUAGACGACUUGCAUGAGACUUUUAAAACUUUAAGGAAGUAUGGGAUGAAGUUGAAUCCCGCGAAGUGUGCAUUUGAGUGUGAAGGAGCCUUUGAACAGCUGAAGAAGUAUCUGACCAGCACACCUUUGUUAAGCAGAGCCGUUCCCGGGGAAGCUUUGUAUUUAUACUUGACUGUUUCCUCAAUGGCUAUAAGUGCGGCCCUUAUCCGAGAAGAGGACGGUGUUCAGAAACCGGUUUACUUUGUAAGCAGAGCAUUGAGGGGAGCAGAAGAGCGAUACCCUCAAAUGGAGAAGUUAGCAUUUGCGUUGAUUGUUGCUUCCAGAAAACUACGCCCGUAUUUCCAAGCUCACACUAUCAGAGUCUUGACCGAGUACACCUUGAAAAAAGUGCUCAGAAAGAAAGAUGAAACAUGGGUAAUCUCUGUAGACGGAUCAUCUACAAGGAAGAAUGGUGGAGCUGGAGUGAUAUUAAUCACCCCAGAUGGAGAGGAAUUAUGUAGUUCCCUAAGGUUGGAGUUCAAGACCACCAAUAACGAAGCCGAGUAUGAAGCAGUUCUGGCAGGACUCGGUUUAGCCCGAGAAAUGGGAGCCGAUUUUGUUGAGCUACGAAGUGACUCACAGGUGGUUGUUGGACACAUCCGGGGAGAGUUUGAAGCCAGAGGAAGUAAGAUGAAGCAAUAUCUGUCAAAGGUACAGGAUUUACAGAAUACCUUUAAGAAAUUCUGUAUUAUGAAGAUCCUGCAAGAAGAGAAUGAAAAGGCGGACCAACUGGCCCGAAAAGCAUCAACAGCAGUUAGCGGUGCUGAAGAACCCGAGGUACCAAUUCAGGUUUUGCCGAGACCUACCGUACCCGGGACGGUCUCGGUCUCAGUUACCGAGACCGUAUCGGAAUGGCAGAGGAGCAUAAGGGAAUAUUUGGAACAGGGAACUCUCCCGUCAGAUAAAAAAGCAGCAACUCAAAUCAAAAUCAAGGCUGCUAGAUUUACCAUAAUUAAUGGAGUCCUAUACAAACGGGGCUUCAUGCUACCGCUACUGAAAUGUAUCUCAAAGGAAGAGGGAGAUUAUGUACUCCACGAGAUCCAUGAAGGAAUCUGCGGCAGUCACUCGGGAGCGAGAGUAUUGGCACAUAAAGCAGUCAGAGCCGAUUUUUACUGGCCGAAUAUGAAUCGGGACUCGGUACAAAUGGUAAGAAAUUGUGACAAAUGCCAACGCUUCGCAAACAUCGCCAAGCAACCUCCAGAAGACUUAAGCUCAAUAUCCUCGCCAUGGCCCUUCUCACAAUGGGGGGUAGAUAUAGUAGGAUCAUUACCUCGUGGUAAAGGGGGUGUGCGUUUCGCAGUUGUGGCAGUGGAUUAUUUCACAAAAUGGGCAGAAGUAGAAGCUCUAGUGAACAUUACGGCCAAAAGCAUUGAAAGGUUCUUGUGGAAGAAUGUUGUCUGCCGUUAUGGUAUUCCUCAUGCCUUUGUAACUGAAAACGGGAAGCAGUUUGACUGUGAAUCAUUCCGAGAAUGGUGUGCGAAGCUCAAUAUUAGAAAUUACUACUCGUCUCCAGCCCAUCCUCAGGCAAAUGGACAAGUAGAAGUGACUAACAAAACAAUUUUCAAAAUAUUGAAGAAAAAACUUGGAGAUCGGAAGGGGGACUGGGCAGAUGAUCUCCCAGAAGUUUUAUGGGCAUAUCGAACCACAAAGAGAAUACCCACAGAAGAGUCUCCAUAUGCUUUGGCUUUUGGAACCGUGGCAGUCAUCCCAACCGAGAUAGGCUCAGGGAGUUACCGAGUCGAAUCCUUUCAUUCCGAAACUAACGAUGAAGGGCUCAAACUACACUUGGACCUGUUACAAGAGAAGCGAGACUAG